AUGGAGCUCUUCGCCGACACGACCCCAAAGACGGCUGAGAACUUCCGGGCCUUCUGUACCGAUGAGAAAGGCACGGGGAAGAGGGGUAAGCCACUCCACUUCAAGGGAUCAUGCUUCCACGAUUUGGUCCCUAAGUAUGCGUGGUUUGGAGGAGACAUCACUCACGGGGACGGAAGAGGAGGCGAGUCGAUUUACGGUGGUCCAUUCGAGAACGAGAAAUUCGUUCACAAUCACGAUGAAGGUAUGCUCGCCAUGAACACUUAUCGUUGGGACAGCAACAAAUCUCAGUUCAUGAUCCUCAUGAAGAAGCUCCAUUUUUUGAACGGAGAGCACGUCGUGUUCGGAAAAGUUGUGGAAGGACUGGAUCUGAUGAGGAGCAUUGAAAAGGAUGUCGAAGCUGAAAGCGGAAUUCCUUCCAAGUCCGUGGUGAUCACCGACUGUGGUCAGAUUUCAUAG